AUGAUUACUAUGCUUUGGUCAGCAUUACAUAAUUUCAAAAACAAAUCAUCAAAAUCAAUUUUAAAACAUUUAGAUUCAGGUUUACGAAAUAAUUUUUCUACAAAUCAAGUUAAUAAUAUUGCGGAAAAUGAGCAAACCUUUAAAACCCGAAGAAUAUUUGUAAAUCUUUCAUUAACGGAAGAUAUGCAAGAUGAAUAUGGGUUACCUAUAGAAUCAUAUCCAAGAAAUAAGAUUCGAACUGCAAAAUAUACCCCUCUUUCUUUUAUUCCAAAAAACCUUUUUUAUCAGUUUCAUAAUGUUGCUAACAUUUAUUUUUUUAUUAUUGUUAUCUUACAGAAUUUUUCAAUUUUUGGUACAAAAAAUCCAGGAUUAUCAGUUGUUCCCCUUAUUGUUAUUAUUGUAGUUACUGCUAUUAAGGAUGGUAUUGAAGAUUGGAGAAGAACAGUGCUUGAUAAUGAGUUAAACAACACGAGAACCUAUAUGUUGCAUAACUGGCAUAAUAAUAAUGUUGUUGAUGAAAAUAUUUCAUUAUGGCGUCGACUAAAAAAAGCAACAAGUAGAAUUAUACGUAUAAUUAUGGCAAGAAGAAAAGGCAUUAAAGAGGAUCCUUUAUCACUUGACUAUAUGAGCUCUUAUAGGAUUAGUGCAGAAAGUAGAAGGAGAAGUGUUGAAAGUCGAAGAUUAAGUUGCGAAAAAAAUCUGGAUCCAUAUUCUAUGAUGCAAUUACCUUCGUUAGAUUGUAAAUUAUCUAGCGAAUUUAUGAAUGCAAGAAGAAAUAUUGAAAUUGCAUCAAAGCAAGAGACCGGUACAAUACUUGAUCAUUAUAAACAAACCCCUGGAAAGGCAUGUUUUAAGCAAACUUUUUGGAAAAAUAUAAGAGUCGGGGAUUUUGUUAGACUUAGAGGGGAUGAUUUAAUUCCUGCAGAUAUUUUAAUUCUUGCAACAAGUGAACCUGAUGGCGCAUGUUAUGUAGAAACAAAAAACUUAGAUGGUGAAACAAAUCUAAAAUUACGACAUGCUUUAAGAUGUGGAUACGAAAUAAAAACUGCAGCGGAUUGUGAAAAAGCAACGUUUAUUAUAGAAAGCGAAAAUCCAAAUUCUAAUUUGUAUAAAUAUAAUGCAAUUAUUCGUUGGACACAAUUUGUCGAUGAGAAUUUAGAGGAACAAAAGGGAUUUUCUGAGCAGGCUUCUAUACAUAAUACUCUUUUCCGUGGAUGCCAGCUCAAAAAUACAAAAUGGGUAAUUGGUGUUGUUAUUUUUACAGGAGAAGAAACGAAAAUUAUGCUGAAUGCAGGUGCUACACCUAGUAAACGAAGUAAAAUUGCUAAAAAUUUAAAUUGGACAAUCAUGGUUAAUUUCAUAAUUCUUUUUUGUAUGUGCUUUAUAUCGGGUGUUAUGUCAGGAACAUCAUGGAAAAAUAAAGGAACUUCUGCAAGAUUUUUUGAAUUUGGCUCAUUAGGCGGGAAACCGCUAUUAGAUAGCAUCAUUGCGUUUGUUACAUGUCUUAUUCUUUUUCAGAAUCUAGUUCCUAUUUCAUUAUAUAUUUCUAUUGAAAUUGUAAAGACUGCUCAGGCGUUUUUUAUUUAUUCAGAUGUUGAAAUGUAUUAUGAUAAAAUCGAUUAUCCAUGUACUCCAAAAAAUUGGAAUAUUUCCGACGAUUUGGGGCAAAUAAAAUACAUCUUUUCUGAUAAAACAGGUACACUUACUCAAAAUAUUAUGGAAUUUAAAAAAUGUACUAUAAAUGGAGUAUCUUAUGGAGAUACGUAUACUAAAAUAUCCUCUGAAAUGCAAAAGCAAGGAAUGAGUGCUAAUGAGGCCGAUAUAAAAGCUAAAGCAUCUAUUUUUAAUAAAAAAAUUGCUAUGAUAUCUAAUUUACGAAAAAUUAAUAAUAACCCAUAUUUAGAUGAAUCUAAAUUGACAUUUAUAUCUACUGACUUUGUAAGUGAUUUGAAAACUUCAGAUAUAGAAGGCCAGGCAAUUGCAUGCCAUAAUUUUAUGCUUGCAUUGUCUCUCUGUCAUUCUGUUAUUGCUGAAGUAAUACCAGACACAAAACAUAGACUAGAAUAUAAGGCUCAAUCACCUGAUGAGGCUACACUUGUUGCAACUGCUAGGGAUAUGGGUUAUGUUAUGACUGCUCGGCGCAAAACCUCAAUUAAUUUAAAUAUUCAUGGAAAGGAAGAAAUAUAUAAAAUUCUUAAUAUUCUUGAAUUUAGUUCUUUCAGAAAACGUAUGAGCAUUAUCGUUCGUGCUCCAAAUAAUGAAAUAUAUUUGUUUUGUAAAGGUGCAGAUAGCACGGUUCUUCCCUUAACAAAUGAUUCUAAACUUAAAAAUAAAACUACAAGUGAUCUUAAAGAAUUCGCUAAGGAAGGUUUCCGCACUCUUGUUGUAGCAAGACGAAAAUUAUCAGAACAAGAGUAUGCUUCUUGGAAUAAACAGUAUGUUGUUGCUUCAUCAGCAAUCGAGGAUCGCGAAGAAAAAAUAGAUCAAACAUUCGGGGAAAUAGAAUGUAAUUUGGAGCUACUUGGAGGGACAGCUAUUGAAGAUAAACUACAAGAUGGAGUCCCUGAAACUAUUUCACUUUUGGCUGAAGCGGGUAUAAAAAUAUGGAUUCUUACUGGUGACAAAGUAGAAACUGCAAUUAAUAUUGGCUUUUCAUGUAAUCUGCUUUCCAAUAAUAUGGAAAUAUUGACGUUAGCAUCUGGGCAUUAUGAAACUGAGAAAAUUGAUCAAAUUAUUCAAAAAUACCUAAAAAAAUAUAUUAAUUUUAAUGAAACUGAUAGAAAAAAUACUUUUACAGAAGAUUAUAAUCAUUUAUCUUUGGCCUACGCUCUUGUAAUAGAUGGCGAUACUCUUAAAAUACUUCUAGAAAAACAUCUCAAAGACAAAUUUUUGCUACUAUGUACACAAUGUAAAGCAGUUUUGUGUUGUAGAGUGAGCCCAUCACAAAAAGCUGCCGUUGUUUCUAUAAUUAAAAAGGGUUUGAAUGUUAUGACAUUAUCUAUUGGAGAUGGUGCUAAUGAUGUUGCUAUGAUUCAAGAAGCGCAUGUAGGUGUUGGAAUUGCUGGAGAAGAAGGGCGUCAAGCUGUUAUGUCUGCUGAUUAUGCAAUUGGUCAAUUUAGAUUUUUAAGUAAAUUGCUAUUAGUUCAUGGAAGAUGGUCCUAUCGCCGUCUUAGUGGGAUGAUUGCUAAUUUUUUCUAUAAGAAUAUUGUAUGGACCUUUUCUUUAUUUUGGUAUCAGAUUUAUAAUAAUUUUAAUGGCGGUUACUUAUUUGAUUAUACAUAUAUUUUGCUUUAUAAUUUAGCCUUUACUUCUUUAAUAAUCAUUUUAAUGGGCGCAUUUGAUCAAGAUGUUGAUGCAGAAAUAUCUAUGAAAGUACCACAGUUAUAUAGGCGUGGAAUAUUACAAUUAGAUUGGUCAAUGAAGCGAUUUUGGAUUUAUAUUUUAAAUGGCUUUUAUCAAUCAAUUGUAUGUUUUUAUUUUCCUUAUUUUUUAUUUUACAAAGGAACUUUUGUUACUUUAACUGGUAUUAAUUUGAAUGGAAUAGAGGAUAUAGGAGUUUUUAUUGCGGCACCAGUAAUUAUGGUAGUAAAUAUAACUUUUUUAAUGAACCAACAACAGUGGGACUGGUUAUUUAUGUUAAUAUGGAUAUUUUCCGUUUUUUUGUUCUGGUUAUGGACUAUAAUAUAUUCGCAAUUUACUAUUACUCUUGAGUUUUAUAAAAUUGCUGAACAUGUAUUAAGCACUCCAAGUUUUUGGAUAGUGUUUCUCUUAACUAUUGCUGUUUCAAUAUUUCCACAAUUUACUAUAAAAUCAGUUCAGAAAAUAUUCUAUCCAGAUGAUAUUGAUAUUAUUAGAGAACAACGACAUUUAAAUAUGUUUGAAAUAAAAGAUACUACAGAUUCCAACGAUAUUUCUAUAAAUUUCGAUCAAUAUACAGAAAAAACAAUGGAACAAUACUCAGAAAAGAAAUUGGAAUAAUAUAUAGAGAAAAAUUCAAACUUACAUAAAUUGGAUCAUAAAAUUAUGUUUUUUUAAUCUUCUAAAAAUGUUAACAUUUUUAUUACUAACA